AUGAAGGUUACUGAUUGCGCUUCAGGGGACUUAUUCCUCUCCGCUCUGUGUCAUGUUGUAUCUCCGACAGCCCCUCUAAGGUUGGGUAACACUGAUAUUCCCGAGUUGCAUGAGGAAAACUGGAAAGCAACAGCCCAAGGUAGGAAGAGAUGGAGAAGGAUUGUUAGGGUCGGCAAAGAGUCAACAUACAGAGAACUGUUCAGGAAAUAUUACAAGAUACCGAGCGAGAUGUGGAAAUCUUGA